GGUCGCCAUUUUACAGGAUGUGGGAGUCUCAUUUUCUCUCUUAGUAAAUAUCAGACACAAUGCGGCGGAACGGACGCAUUUUGCUGCUCCUCGCAGCAUUAUGGGUAGCAGGAGUGAUGUACUACAUGUAUAAGUCAAAUGAUAUUGAUGAUAAUGAAAACCCAGCAUUAAAACUCAAAGAUGAUAUUGUUGACAUACAAGGAGGACGUGGCCGCAAUCAUGACCCAAUGAAAGAUGUAGACAUCGUUAUAGGGCAUGAUGAGGAGUUACCAGGUGAACCUAAAGACAAUAAAUUAAAAUUCAUACCUGAAAAAACUAAAGACAGUAGACUCACAUGGCAGUAUUUUGACGAAAAAGCUUAUGUUGAUAAAACUCGGACUAAGGAUGGUGAUGAUGUUUAUGCAAGAAAUAAGUUUAACCAAAGGGCUAGUGAUGAUAUCAAAAGCAAUAGGGAUAUACCAGACACGAGACACCAGUUAUGUCGCAACAAAGACUGGUCCUCUGACCUUCCAGAUACAAGUGUCAUCAUCACAUAUCACAAUGAGGCACGCUCAACUCUUCUACGCACGAUUGUCAGUGUACUUAACAGAAGUCCCGAACAUCUUAUCAAAGAAAUUAUAUUAGUAGACGAUUUUAGUGACUUCCCUGAAGAUGGCUUAGAAUUAGCUAAAAUACAAAAAGUGAGAAUCCUUAGAAAUGAUAAAAGACAAGGAUUGAUGAGGUCCCGAGUUAAGGGGGCAGAUGCAGCUACUGGGGAGGUGCUUACAUUCCUUGAUAGUCAUUGUGAAUGUAAUCAAAACUGGUUAGAACCUCUUCUCCUGAGAAUUAAAGAGGACAGAACCAGAGUUGUGAGUCCCAUCAUAGAUGUAAUAAACAUGGAUAACUUCCAAUAUGUUGGAGCUUCCUCAGAUUUAAAAGGAGGCUUUGACUGGAACCUGGUCUUCAAGUGGGACUACAUGAAUGCUGAUGAGAGAGCAGCCAGAAGUAACGACCCCAUAGGACCUAUAAAGACUCCAAUGAUAGCUGGUGGUUUAUUCUCAAUAGAUCGUAAACGAUUUGAAGUGAUAGGAAAAUAUGAUAUGAUGAUGGAUGUAUGGGGAGGGGAAAAUUUAGAAAUUUCAUUCAGAGUUUGGCAGUGCCAUGGUCAACUAGAGAUCAUACCUUGUAGUAGAGUGGGGCAUGUGUUCAGGAAACAACAUCCCUAUAGCUUCCCUGGUGGAAGUGGAAAUGUAUUUGCCAGAAAUACACGCAGAGCAGCUGAAGUGUGGAUGGAUGAAUAUAAACAGUUUUACUAUGCAGCAGUGCCUUCUGCUAGAAAUGUGCCAUUUGGGAAUUUACGAGGGAGGGUAGAACUUCGAGAAAAAUUAAAAUGCAAACCAUUUAAAUGGUACCUGGAUAAUGUAUAUCCAGAACUAAGGGUACCAGAUAAGCAAGAUAUAGCAUUUGGGAGCAUUCAACAGGCUAGUCAAUGUAUGGACACUUUAGGGCAUUUUCUAGACGGGGUUGUGGGAUUAUAUACAUGUCAUAACACAGGGGGAAAUCAGGAAUGGGCAUUAUCAAAGAAUAACCAGAUAAAGCAUUCAGACUUGUGCAUUGCUCUCUCUAACCACGUGGUGGGAUCUCCAGUAAAACUUCAUCAAUGUGACUCAAUUAAUAGAAACCAAAAAUGGAAGCAUAUAAAAAGAGACCAUAUAUUUAAAUCCAUGGACUAUGGACUGUGCUUAGACAGUAAACAUCAAAGGACUAAAGGUAUCACAGUAGAGGAAUGUGACCCAUCAUCACCUAGUCAAGUUUGGAGAUUUGCCUUGUCUAUGUAGGUCAUAGGUCAAGGCGUUUAAUUGUCUAUAUUGGUCAAAUAUGAAGAUUUGUAUUGUACAUGUAUAGGAAGGAAAUGAGUUGGCAUUGUAGGUGAAUGAAUUGACCAUAAAGGUCAAUGUUUUUUCUAUAUUUAGGCCUAUGCGUUAUUUACGUAGGUUUAUUUCUAUGUAGGUCAAUUCAUCUACAAUGUAGGUCAAUAUAUUGACCAUGUCAGUCAAUUUAUUGUCUUAAUAUAGGUCAAUUUAUUGUCUAUGUAGGUCAAU